AUGAUUCACAUUAAAAUUGCCACUCGAUCAAGAAACAUUUCAAUAAGACGUUCCAGUCAGAAAAUGGAACCACCAUCGCUCGAUUUGGCUAAAGUGUACGAAAAUAGAAGUCCUCAGUUGAAAUUUGAAGAUGUGCAUCGCCUUCAAGAAUGGAUGAAAACGAAGAAGCACUACUUAAUCGAUUUGGACGAGAUUGAUUUGAUAAAUUUCCUCCAUCAGUGUGAUUUCGAUGUAGAAAAAGCGAAAAAACGCAUCACAGGAGCGACAAUUUUCCAGACUCGCGCACGAAUUUUCCAGGAUAUCGAUAUGAGGAGCGAAAGUAUAAAAGCCGCUAUGGAGACCGUGCUCGUUUCGCACAUCACGCUGAAAGAUGACAACCCUGGCAUGGCGAUCUUCUUGAAAGUUCUGGCCACAGACGCUAAGCAAAUUGACGCCGCAAACUUGAUCAAGGUGAUGCUGAUGUACACGUAUUUGUGGCUCAGGGGCCUGGAACCGCCAGCCGAUCACGUAAUCAUUGUCGAUCUCGAGGUGGUCAGUGUGGCCCACUUGGCGGCCCUCGACUUGCGAACUCUGCGCGAAUUGUCCUGCUUCUACAAUCACUUCUACUUCGGCACACUGUGCAAGGUGCACUUCAUCAACGUGGGGUCAUGGAUCGAUCGCUUGCUUUCGAUCUUGAAAUCCACGAUGGGUCGUGAUUUCAGCGAGAAAAUCUGCGUGCACAGCAAUGCAAACAAUCUGCAUGAGUUUAUAUCACUUGAGCAACUGCCGAAAGAAUUGGGUGGAGAUUUUCUCUCAUUUCACCAGAUGCACGAGGCGAUGAAGGAAUUGUUGGAGAGGCACGCCGAUGAAUUGUUGAAUAAGUAUCGCGUGCAAUCAAGUGAUCUUCUUCACAUAGAAAUGACGUACAAUGAGCCUGAUUUAUUUGGACUUGACGGGAAGUUUAGGCGAUUGGACGUGGACUAGAGAGUUUCAUUUCAUUCUUAAGCAUGAGCAUGCCACAACUCCACUCUUUUCGAAUCUCGAAUAUAUCUUAUAUUAUUACACUUUUGACUGUGUGAGUCCACAAAUUUAUUAUAACGAUGUGGCAAAUUAAAUUUAUCAUCAUGAAUAAACAUAUUAAACACCCACAAUUUAUAAUAAAUGAAUAUUAAUGACAAGA